GUUAAGUUACUAAAUUGUAUCAAGAAUAACACGUUAUAAAUUUUUAUCAAUACCGAUAUUAUUUCCUCAGAAUUGCUACAAUUACAAUUUAAUAAAGUUUUGGACCGUAUAUUUAGAAUUCCAUAUAGUGAAAUAGUGUGACAAUGAUUGAGGCUUAACACUAUUGCUGAUUGAUUGUUGUUUAAAGCGAAGACUUGCAGUAAUUUUUUUUGUCAUUGCCGUUUUGGCUUAACAAAAGUCAACAAUGCUACGAUUUUUAAGCAGAAGAGGCAGAUCUUCCAGCCAGACACGCAACAAACAAAAUCAGAAAACCUCAAACAACAAAAACUUGAUACAAUGCAAGGUAAUGUUACUUGAUGAGACAGACUUAUCUAUUAAUUUAUCAAAAAAAGCUAGUGCUGGGGAUCUUUAUGAACAAGUGUUUUAUUCCCUAGAUUUAAUUGAAAAGGAUUAUUUUGGUUUGCAAUUUACUGAUACAAACAAUGUAAAGCAUUGGUUGGAUCCAACAAAAACUAUAAAGAAGCAAGUAAAGAUAGGUCCACCAUACACCUUGAGACUGAAAGUGAAAUUUUAUUCAUCUGAACCUAAUAAUUUAAGAGAAGAGUUAACUAGAUAUCAAUUCUUUUUGCAAUUAAAAAGGGAUAUAUUAGAAAGCAAACUAGAAUGUCCACAUUCAACAGCAGUAGAAUUAGCAGCACUAGCUCUUCAAUCAGAGUUAGGUGACUUUGAUGAGUUAGUCCAUACACCAGCUACUGUGUCCGAAUUUCGUUUUGUACCUAAUCAAACUGAAGAAAUGGAAAUUGAAAUACUGGAGGAGUACAAAAAAUACAAGGGUCUUACACCUGCUCAAGCAGAAGUAAACUAUCUUAAUAAGGCUAAGUGGCUUGAAAUGUAUGGUGUUGAUAUGCACAUUGUGUUAGGCAAAGAUGGGUGUGAGUAUCACUUAGGAUUAACACCUACAGGCAUUCUGGUUUUCGAGGGACCACAGAAGAUUGGGUUAUUUUUCUGGCCCAAAAUAAGUAAAUUAGAUUUUAAGAAAAAAAAGUUGACUUUAGUCGUUGUUGAAGACGACGAUCAAGGACGCGAACAAGAACAUACAUUUGUAUUUCGACUUCAUAAUGAAAAAGCUUGUAAACAUCUUUGGAAAUGUGCUGUAGAACAUCACACGUUCUUUCGCUUACGUGCUCCAGUCAAAGGACCCUCUGCACGACAGAACUUCUUUAGAAUGGGAUCGAGAUUCCAAUAUUCCGGCAAAACAGAGUACCAGACAACACAACAGAACCGCGCUCGUCGUACAGUUCAGUUUGAACGGCGGCCCAGCCAACGAUUUGCUCGAAGACAAAGCCACGUGUUAAGAGAACGCGAAAAACAAAAUACAACCGUCAAACCUGAAACUUCUACUCAACCUGAACCUAGUACUUCAGCAGAAUCUGCUGCAAUUGAAAAUGGACAAGAUACACUAUCGAGGAAAAGUAGUGCAAAGUCGCACAAAUCCGUUUUGGUGGAAACUGAUCUUAAAGCAAGUGAAAUAGGAGAACCAUCGACCAAAAAUCUUCUCAAUGAUGAACCACAUGAAGAAAUGACCAUUUCCAAAGAGGAUGCAAUCAGCAACAAAGUUCUUUUCAAGAUGGAUAGUAUUGAGGAAAAGAAGAAUAACUUAACCCAACUUGUUAUUAAUAAACCAUCUUGCAAUUGCUCACCUGUGGCGGAGUUUAAUCCACUUAAUGAUCUUUUGAUGAGUUUAGUGAAAGAAAAAUUAAACAACGACGAUUCGAAGAAUGAAGUCAAAAAGGACCAAUUAGAUUCAGCUGACAACGAAGUGCCAAACAAUCAAAGUAAAUGUUAUUUACCUUCGACAAAGAAUCUUCCACCAGGACAACUUAAAUGCAAUAAUAUUCUAAAAGCCCGCGAAAAUGAAGUUAAGAUCAUAAACGAAUCAUCUAAUAUUAACUUAUCGAUACCCUCUACGCCAUCACCGAAGAUACUGAAUGAAACGAAUCCAAAUAAUUCGCAAUAUGUUUCAAUUGUUGUUGUUGAACCACCGCGCUCCCAAACUAAGAUGGCAUCACCAAAACCCAUCGAACGAAUGGAAGAUGUAAUUCCUAAAUCUCAACCAAUAUCAUCACUUUCCCCGUGGCUCGUCACAUCGGAGCCAAGUUCUCCUUCUGGUAUCGGGGAAAAAGAAAUAACAAUAAUUCACCGUAAAUCAGUAAUAACGACUCAACUUUAAACAUUAAUUCAACAUUAACUUCAUUACGGAGGUAUUGUUUUAAAUUUAUGCUAUUUACUUCUCGUAAUGUUACUCAUUCGUAUCAAACGAACCAUGACUAUACAAAGCUUAACAUUAUAUUAUUACUAUUUUUUCUUAAAAUUAUAUGACAGAAUUGUUGAUCGGCCUUAGUACAUGCUUAGUCGUAAGUUUCAAUAUACCGCUAGACAAGCGUGAGGUGCUCCGAAAUUACUAAGUAAUUUCAGGUGUCAGUGAUCGAAAUGUGACAAUAUGUGCCUUAUAAAAUGUAAUGUUUAAAAAUUUAUUAUUGAUUUCACUUUUAAGUUUCGAAAGAAACCAAAAGCGAGAUUCUUCAUUUUCCGUUAACAAGUAUAUAUUACACACUUAGAAGUAUUUGUAACACAAUAGUUUAAUAUAUGUACUUAACUUAUUCCGUUUGACAAAUGAAUUGCCAAUACAUUCCAUAUUUACCUGAUGAGUAAUUCACGUGUAUGAAUGAAAACAAAUUAGACGUAUAUUUUAAUAACAAUAAUUAUUGGUUAGGUAUUCUUUUAAAAACUUCUAAAUAUUGUAAGACUGCUAAUUCCAGUUUUAACUUAUUGAAAAAUUUUAACACAUAAAUUUGUUUUUUUUUAAAAAAAUAUAAAUAAAUAUUUUAACGUUAUGUUAUAUUUUGUGUAUUUUUGAAAUUUGCCAUGUGCUUAAAGGCGGUACUUGACUUAGCAUAUUCGUGUUAUUGUCCUUGACUUUGUAUUGUAUAUUUCUCAAGAUGUCUGCCCCGACUUCUUUUAUUAAUCGGUUGAAAAAUAUCCCGUGUAAUCCAAUUACAAUUUGAAGACUAGACUGGAAACUAAAUUGUUCAGUGUUCUACUAAAAAACACAAUUAAAAAAUUAUUAAAAAUAAAUAAAUAUUACUACCACAAUAUAUAAUAGCUAUGGUAUGUCCAUAGCUAUUGCAAUUUGCAAAUAAUUUAAAUGUGCCAAAAUAUCCAAACGGCAAUAUAACCCUAGUAAGUGCGGGUUACUCAAAUAUUUGCUUUAUUUGAAUUAACUUUUUUUGUCCACUUACAGCAGUUAAGUAGACGAAAACAAGUUUUUCUAUCCUGUUUCUGCACGAAUAAUAAUAAGCGAAUAUCUGUUGAUAAAAUCGUUUAUACUGACUAACGCACUAUGCACUGUGCAUUGUAAGUGUAAAACUACUGAGUGUAAAAUGUUGAAAUUUGAAACAGAGGUUUAUUUUAUAUAGUUAAGCAUCUUGGGUUUUCGGAAAUAUAAAUUUUAAGAGGUGUAAAAAAAAUUCAUCAUUGGUUAUUGUGUAUGAAAAUCUUUCUUUCAUGUUUAGAAGGGCAGCUAGUAAUCCAAUCUUUUCUACAGAUUGCCGUGUUUGGACAAUUAAUGCAUAAUAUAUGAAACACGAUACCGCAAGUGAAGUGUCGCCAUUACAAAGUUAUGGCAACUCUCCGCAAGCACUUAAAGCGUUAAAUAUAAUCUAAUUAAUAUAAAAUUUAGAAAAUUAUUGCAGUUUUGUAUCGUUAAGGUCCGCUUAGAAUAGUGACAAGAAUAUAUCCUCUGCUCUUGUUUGAAUAGCGGUUGAUCGUUCAGCCAUGUAACUAGGUGCUUUUAUUAUUUUAUUUUUUAUCUAGAUUUUAUUUAAGCGGACCACUACAUAUAUAUUUCAUUCAUAUUGUGACUGAAAACCGUAUCCCGAUGUUGAUAUACGCCAUUUUUAUAAAGAAAUUGUAAGAAAUUUAGUUUAAAAAAAAAAAAGUUUUAUUUAAAUUUCUUAAAGUCGCUGAUAAACAGCAACCGUUUAAAAAUAUAAUAAUAAUAAAAGAUACAUUUGAAUGUCCUUAAUUACGAUAGAUUUUACUAAACAUCUCCAGAAUGCUAAUAUGUUAACAGUAGAAAUAUUUUUGUCCAAUUGUUUUUUUAGGUUAUUCUAUUUUCCACAAUUAUUCGCUUUAGUUGUUGUACUUAUUAAGUAUUAUAAUUAUAUUAUAAGAUACACUUUGUAACGUCGAAUAUUUUCCAUAUACUAUUUUACACAAACAAAAAAAAAUUACUCAUAGUACAAUAUAUUAUUAUAAUUAACAGUAUUAAACAGAUUCAAAAUAUGCAGGUGCCAUAGAUAAAUUUAUUAACAAUUCGAUUUAUCAUAUAAUACGUAAUAAUAAAGGUCUAUUGUGACGAUAAAUUUUAUUAAUGUAUUCUGAAGUCAUGUUAAUUCGUUAGCUAUUUUUAGGAUUUAUGUCGAAGGUAUAUCACCUUAAUAUCGUUGACGAUAAAGAUGGAAUUGAGACUGAAAAAAAAAAUAAGCAAAAACAAAACGUAGUUAUUUGCCAACACUGCUUCUUUGUUAAGCAAUUUAUUAAAAUUGUAUGGGAUUUAAAGAAACGUUUAAGCUUAUUAACGAAUAUUUGUGUGUGGUGCUCAGAAAAUAAAAACACAUAUCGUAUUCCAACCGUCCAAUAUUUCAUAUUAGAUUGUAUAAGAUUAUUUUAAAGUAUUUAUCGUGAUAUUGUAUUUAGUCUUAGGAUUUCAAUUGAAACUGAUUUACAAUAAUGCCAUUAUUAUUUGUUGAAAUACGUUUUGAAUGAUAAUUUACGAAAUUAGUUGUGCUCACUUAACAAUGGAAAAUGCAAAGAAUUUAAUUGUUUAAAAAGUCGGAAUUGAACAUAUAAUAAAAAAAAAAUCUAAUUAAAUUUAAUCUCGAAACUUUAAAAAUUCGGUUUAUUGUAAGUUCUAUUUUAAUGUGACAAAAGCAAAUACAUUUUGAAAUAUUUUAAGGAAUAAUAUAUAUUAUAAUAGUUUUAAUUAAGGCAAUGAUGUGUUUGUCAGUGCUUGGCAUCAAUGUACUUUAUUUCUGUUUACGUUCUAAUGGAUUUAACAUGUUAAGAUGUAUUUAUCUUCUUUUAUCGAUAUUUUUACGAUCACACUAUUCACCUUUAUAAUUUAAGAUACGCCUUUUCUCUCUUACAAUAUACUUAGAGAAAUAUAUAUUAGACAAAAUG